AUGUGGGACUACUUCAAGAGUUGGUGGACGCUUCGUUGGACCCAGCAACCACAAUUUCAUCCCUUACCACCAAACAUUACACGAUCCUUCGUGAAAACACCGGCCGGUGAUAUCGAGCUUCUGACAUCGGAACCUACGCAGAGAGAUCCGAGUGCUGCACCUAUAUUCUUCAUGCAUGGUGGCAACGGUCAUGCCUCAGUUUGGCUGGAAUGGAUGACACAUCUUUCCCAGACACAUGGUGCACGAACUUACGCUUUUUCGCUCCGAAAUCAUGGGGCGAGUUUUCCGGUGCCAUACUUCCGUAUGGUCUGGCUCACCAGGUUCGACGACCUCGCCUCGGACCUGAUCAGCUCCAUGGAGGAAAUUGUAUCGCGAGAGGGCCAGGAGCCGUUGGUGGUGGCUCAUUCUUCUGGUGGCGGACUUGCUCAAUACGCCCUCAGUCGGGGCAGUAUCAAAUGCAGGGCACUUGCCCUGGUUGGUGCCGUUCCACAUUUUGGAAACGUGCACGUUUACCACAACUGGUUCACCAGGAUUGACCGAUGGUUCAUCAUCCGCAAUUUUGCACAUGGAUGCCACCCUAACAGCGGGCUCAACAACGACAAACUCGUCCUUAAUGCUUUCUUCGGACAAGAGUAUCCGAUGGAGAAGGUCAAGGAGUUUCGGAAGUGGAUGGCGAAUUAUGAAUGUAUGUGGUGGCCAUAUUCCAUGGGAGGCAGGGGUUGGGGAGUGAAGGAUAGGGUGUGGCUGUCGCCAGUAGACAUUGUGGAGAGUGUCGUUCACUGGAAUGGUACGGAAGACAAGAUUAUGGUCAUGAUUGGGAAAGAAGACCUUAUGAUGGGCGGCACCGAACGCCGUAUGGUUACAGAUUUUCAGCAAGCCAUCAAGACGCUGCAGGAAGGGAAGAAGAUCGACGUGCCAGUUGAGCUCGAGAAGAAAAUCGUGGAGAAGACGGACAGAUAUAUUACAGAGGAGAGGCAAGGUGGUGUCAGGCUGGUCGAAGUCGCCAAUGCUGGCCACCACACGCAGAACGAUGUCCAGUGGCGGGAGGCUUGUGAGGCAUUGAGGCGGUUUGCCGCUCAGGUCUAG